GUCUGACAAACACUUCAAAUUUAGAAAACGAAAACAAGAAAAAGAAAACAACGUGCAUGUGUGGUCGCACAUUGCAGAUGAUAUUACAAAAAGUAGAGAAUGGCAAAGGAAGAGAAAGGUGUAUGUUAUUGUGGGGAAAAAGACAUUGAAGCUGACACACCAAAUCUUGUCUGUGCCCGAUGUCGCGGAAACUUCCAUUUAGAGUGCCUGAAGUCAGGUUCCCCGUCCUCACUGGUUGGAGAUGUAUUCUUUGAUUUCACAUGCUCAAAAUGCGGAGAAAGACACGAAGAGGUGGUGGAACGGAUGAAAAUGCAGUGGACACAAGUGGUACUGCUGGCCCUGUAUAACUUACAGCUAAGUGGUAAAGUGGGAAAGUUCGGAUACUACCGAUGGAAAGAACAUAUCUGUGCCUUCAUAGACAAGUACUGGCUGGUCCUGUUUGGGAAUCACAGGAAGAAGACAAACUUGUGGCAUGGUACAGUGGCUGGUACACUGUCUUCGGGCUGUCCUCAUCACUUCGUAUCAGGAGCCAAGGAGUUGGGAGAGUCUGGCUGGUGGAGGCUGGCUGAGAUGAAGCCACCUAAUCACAAACUAAUGACAUCUUCCAACAAGGCCGGGCGCCGGCGUGUGAGCCACCCUCUACCUCCACAGGACCAUGGAACCACCAUCAAGGUGGAGGGUCUGCGAAACAGGAGAGGCAAAACAUCUAUCGAGGCUGCCAUGGAGUUGAAGGCCAAGAGAGAAACUCUGCUGGAGGCAAAGGAAAUCAGGAAAGCCAAGCAAUCCCCACUACAGAGCCAAACUAGUCACCUGAUCCAUGUUGAUAUAAAACAGGAGCUCGGGGAAGUGUCGGGGAAGUUUAUCCCUUUGGAAAACACUCUCAGCAUGCCGACCCCUUCCGGGUCGGCUGCUGGCCAGAGUUUCCAGCCUGUCUUUAAUCAGGUUAUCAAACAAGAACCUAUUGAUCCAAGCUUCUUGUCAACACAGAGGUCAAGUUCAUCACAAGGUCAGAACUCGUUCACAUUCUCACCUGGAUCCUCUCAGAUUUCAAACCUUUCGUUGACCCAGAGCACUAGCCUCAGCAACAUAUCAUCAUCUGGAUCAGUCAGCGGGUCAUUCAAAGAUGUUGAUGAGGAUAGCCAGUUCUCUCACAGCAGCAGCAAGAAUGACAUGUGGCUUACCGAACACGACCUCAAGGCUGAUUCCAGUCUCCCCAACCUGUUGAUGACGGACGACAUGGAUAACGUCGACUCUGACAGUGACCUUGAGAUUGACCCUGGCACGAUAACUCCGCCUCCGGGAUCACCGUCGAAUCAGCCUCAACCAGACUCGCCCACCCUCCAGGAUAUUCUGAUGUCCAUAAGCUCCAGAGACGAUAUCAGUAUGGACAUGGAUACUUGUACCAACUUUGGAAAUCAAUCUGAAAAUUACUUCAGUUUUCAAGGAUAUAAGGAAGACAUAUCGAGUAGUAGCCAUAGCAACAAGGGAGUGGAAUCGGAGGAAAGUCGGGGUGUGAGUCAGCAGGAAGUGGUGAUUGGUACGAGUACGGAAAUACUCAGUAGUCAAACAGACAAUACGUAUACCAAGGUGGUCAAAAACGAGGACGAUCAAUCGGUGGUGGACUCUGAAAGUGAGAAGGAAAGUGACAGUGAAAGCAGCUCAUGCGAAGGUUCAGAUUCUGGGAUGGCUGUUCAAAGUGAAAGUAGACCAAAACGAAAGCGGAAGAAGGCAAAAGAAGCUGAUGAAGCAAAAGAGGAGGAGACUCCACCCCCACCAAAGGUUGUCCUAAUGAGUUUAUACGAGGAGCGACAACUGCUGAAGAAAAUGAACAAUGUGACAGACGCAGGUGAACUUGCACCAGCACUGAACAGACUGCGGCGCAAGCUUAUCGUCAGACAGCUAAAGCGUGAGAGAGGAGUGCCUAUAUUUGAUAUUGACGUGGAGAUGAACCGACUGGCUCGUAAAUGCUGGGGAGGAGACUGGGAGGAACACAAAGACCUGAAUCACCACGCUUUGCCUUCACAUAGACUACAACCGGGCGAUGUCAGAAUACUUGACAGAUUUCAGACUACAGUUCAUGCACAUCAAGCAUGGCAACAACAUCAGCCGUCCUUUCUCAACCGCCUUGUUGGUACUGAGGACGACCAGCUACAGUGUAUAACAAGUCCCUAUACAGCCAGAAUUCUCAAGCCAUUCAUUCGUCGUGAUUAUGAAACUCGACCCCUUAAGAUGAGACUCCUGGAGGAAAUUAAAGCUUAUCCCCACAGACAUGACAAGACCUGGAAGCCUGGCCCACCUCCCUCCAUAGACUACUGCUAUGUGAGGCCCCAACAUAUCCCUUCUGUGAAUAUACUGUGUCGGGAGUUCUUCUGGCCUGGCAUUGACUUGUCCGAGUGUUUACAGUAUCCAGAUUUUAGCUGUGUUGUGCUAUUCCGGAAAAUUGUGAUCGGAUUUGCCUUCAUGGUGCCAGAUGUGAAGUACAAUGAAGCAUAUAUAUCGUUUCUCUUCACACAUCCAGAGUGGAGGCGGGCUGGCAUUGCCAAAUUUAUGAUUUACCAUCUCAUACAGACGUGUUUGGGUAAGGAUGUAAACCUCCACGUGUCCGCCACAAACUCGGCCAUGUUACUGUACCAGCAUUACGGAUUCAAACCAGAGGAGUUCAUAUUGGACUUCUACGAUAAAUAUUACCCGGAGGAUUCACGGGAGUGUAAACAUGCCUUCUACCUCAGAUUGAGAAGGUGAAAGAGGUCAAAAGACUUGUUUGUGUUGACCAGCGACACGGAAGGCAAUCAGAGAUGAUAGUCACAUCACUGUUUUCACCAAUACAUCGGAGGUGGUAAAGUACCAAAGAUCUGUGACACAAUCUACCUGGCACACAGGAGGUAGUACAAUGUAUGUGUAAUUGUAUGUGACUUUGACAGUAUUUUACACUGGAAAUCAUUCUGAUUGCUAGACAGUGUUAACUUCAGACUUACGGGGUACAGUGAAUCAUUAUACUGUUACAGAGUAAGAUAACCAGCUUAUAUGAAAUUUCACUUUCUUUUGUAUUGUUAUUCAACAUGCAUACCACAAAAUCACAAUAAACCAUUGUCAUCAA